GACUCCGACAACAACCCGGAGUCAGCUACCGUUAUCAUUCCGUCUUUCCACCCCGGUUUCUUGAGCCGUGGCGGAAUCGUCAAGGAUAAGGCUACCCGAGUCUUUGUUCUCACGGCUGCGGUAGCCUGGUGUGCGAUGUCGUGUGCAUUGCAGAUUGCUAGCUAGGGUAUGCCUGUCAGCCGCGAGGAGUACGCGAAGCAAAUCAUCGUCCGAAUCAAUCAAUUGGCAGGGCCGACCACUGAGUUUGGCCGCACUCUCAGCCGAGCAAAGCAGGAGUAUGCAGACUGCCACCAAGCUUACAGCGAGGCUGCAGCCAAGCGAAGUAAGGCUCCGACGAUGAAGAUGCCUGUCAACAUUGUACCUCGGAAGUCAUUUCGUGCUGCGAGGCGUAGCCGAUACAGCACGGCUGUUACCGUGGUGAAGGAUUCCGUGGGAGGAUGGCAGUUGUCAAUUGAAGAGGAUUCCAACAUCUCAGGUAGGCCUGAGUUCUACAAGCUUUCCUGGAAGGAGGAGGAUGGCACAACCUGGGAGAUCGCUCCGCUCCCGUUGAGUGACGAUGUUGUCCUAGCCAACAACACGACAAAGUGUUUCCUUUAUUUCGACAAGUGCGGGCUUGAUGUUCGCGAUGCUGAUGGCAACACUCUUGGGACUCGAGCUCCUCUAGCAUCGAAGAAGGCCAAGACCAUUACCUUGCCCAUCUCUAUGAUCUUCCUCGCAAUGUCGGUUGUGAGCCUGGACGGUGCGCUUACGUUCGUAGAACAUUGGGAAGAUGUGACGCAGAGCGUCUUUGCUGACGAAGUCAUGUCUGAGCACUCGCCCGACACUUCAAAGCAAUUGGAGGGGUCCCUUCCAGUGGAAUUUUUCGACAAGUACUCAUCUUGUCGAAGUCUGCUAUUCCCUGCCAAGGUACUAAAGCUCAAAGCUACUUGGGAUCAGAUGAAGAGUAAGGCCCAGCCAGGAUUGCCCGCUCAACCGAGCGAUUUGUUGUGGUUACUGGAGCAGUUCUUCUCAGAGAUCGCACCAAAUGGUGGCCACUGGGAUCCUGUCAGCACUUCAGAGCAUCCAACGUACUCCGUGUACACCAAGCUGAUGAACUUUGCCUGUCGACCAAAAUACAAGCAUCAUCCUCACAACAUUACCUUGAAGGCGAUGGCUCAUUUGUCUGAGCAAGGCCAAGAUGACCGCCGGGUCCCAUACAACAUGUUGCUGUUGGCAGGGGAGUUCCUGCGACCUGGAGGCAAGAUGUCAAAGAAGAAGAACCUGCGACGCACGCUGCCGAAUGGAGACAAGAUCGAUACUACGCGCUUCUUCCGUGAGCUUCCCGCUGGUCCUGCUAAAUCGAGUGUUGUUGCUCGAGUAAAGCUUCCAAAGAUCGAGAAGACAGAAGACGGUUUGGGUCACGUCAGCGAUGAGACGGUGGACAGCUCAGGUGAUGACUCGGAUGACGACUCUGACGGCGACUCUGAUGGUGACGCCUCUCUAGUCCUUGCAGGCAAGACGAGUCGUGGAGGAAGUACGCGAGCUUCGAGCCGUGACGCAGGCUUUGCCGGUCGUGGUUCUGGUCGCUCUAAUGACUCCACCGCGGGGCGCACAGAUCGUAAGAGCCCCUCAGGUGGCGCGUCCGAUGCAGAUCGUGGCGACUCCAAGGGUACUUACAAGAAGAGAAGGACUGGCAAGGACGAUCACUAUUCGGCACGAAAGUCUGAGGGCACCAAGAGGAGGAAGCCCGACGAUGAUGGCGAUGAGAAGGAAGAUCCAGCCUCCAAGACGGCUAGAACUGGCAUGGACAAGAAGAUCAGGCGCACUCGAGCUGUGUAAUCGCAGGCGCUGUGCGAUAGCGACUUGCUAACAGCAUACAUCCUACGAUCUAGGAUUUGAGUCGAUUUGAUGCCCCGUGGCUGCUCGCGAUACUUGACUCUGGCUUGAGCGCAAACUUACACUCAACGAUUCGGUGCACGGCAGUCAGGAAAUAGCGUGUGGGCGUGUACUCGGGUCUUUUAAGGUUAUAGAAUAGCACGAUUGGAUAGAUACUAUGUGCCUGGACCGUCAUCGUGCUGAUCUUCUGAAUGCAUCCAGCUGCUC